AUGCGGAAGAACGCCAAGCCUGCGCGGGUCGCGCGGGCGCUGCCGCCGCACCAGGCCUUGCUGCUCCUCAAGGCAGGAAACGAACGCUUCGUGCGCGGUCGGCCCAUGGCGGACAAGAUGGACAACUUGACGCGGAAGCAGAAUUUCGAGCUCGUGAACGCACCCCACACGGCGGUCAUCGGCUGUGCCGACUGUAAGGUGCCCCUGGAGACGAUCUUUGACGCCAUGCCCGGGGACAUCUACUCCCUGCGGAAUGCAGCCAACACCUGCACACAUGCGGAGGGGAGCAUGAUGGGGAGCUUGGAGUUCUGCUCCGCCACCUUAGGGAGUCGUCUCAUCCUCGUCUUGGGCCACACGGAGUGCAAGGCCCUGAUCAGCGCCACACGGACCUACUUUGAAGCGCGGGCGGCCGGCAAGAGGUGCACAGGCCUCAAGGGUUUGCUGGGGGAGCUCACGCAGACUGCGGAGAAGACGGCCAAGACCAUGCCCGACGCUUCCUGCGAGGAGGUGGCCGCCCAGGCUGUGAGGACCAACAUCUUGAACACCAUGAACUUUUUGCUCCAGUUUAGUGAGGUGCUUCGAGAUCGUGUCCGUAAUGGGCAGUUGGAGAUUGUGGGCGGCCUCUUUGAUCUCCAGACAGGCAGGGUCGAGUUCCUGGGGCCCUCUCCCAAUCAGGCGGCCUUGGUGGAUCCCAUGGCCUCCAAGAUCCCCAGGGUCUUGCCCUUUGACACCCUGACCUCCCAGCAGACGCCAGUUGACGUCCACGAGCCGCACGAGAGCACCAAAGCCUCGCCGGCAGCAUCCCUCCGGAAGCUGCAGGAGGGCAACGCCCGGUUUUCCUUGGGCAACUCCCAGCUCCCCAAGCAGGACAUGCGCAAGGCGCUGGCCAGCUGCCCCCAGGCCACCCACAGCGCCAUCGUGGGCUGCGCGGACGCGCGCACGCCCAUCGACAGCAUCUUCGACGCCAUGCCAGGGGAGCUCUUUGUGGUGAAGAAUGCGGGGAACACCUGCUCGCAGGCCGAGGGCAGUGUCAUCGGGAGCCUCGAGUUCUGCACCUCUAAGUUAGACACGCCCCUCAUCCUCGUCUUGGGCCACACGGACUGCAGCGCCAUGGCCGGAGCGACCCGGAUGUUUCUGGCCUCGGAGACGGGAAAAUCCCGUGAGUCCCUUGGACCGGCCCUGGAUGGCCUGCUGCAGGACCUGAUCGCCGUGAUCUCCAGGGCCAGGGCCCUCUACCCGAAGGCCAAUGCCGAGGAACUGGCUCACCAGGCGGUGAAGCUCAACGUGGACAACACCAUGGAGUUCCUCCUCCGCAGCGAGGCGCUGAAGGAGCUCGUGCGACGCGGGGACCUGGAGAUCCAAGGAGGCAUCUACCAAGCCGAGAUGGGCUGCGUGGAGUUCGUUGGGCACUGCAGCCGACAGGCCGAGCUCCUCGCCUUGGAAGAGGCCGUGCCCCGACGCGAGGACUCCUCCGCCUCUGACAGCUCCUCCGGGGCGCCUCCGGCCGAAGUGGCGCUGAAGCUCCUGCAGGAGGGGAACGGGCGCUUCGUGGGCGGCACUGCGGUGGCCAACCGCAUCAGCCCGGAGGUUCGGAAGAACAUGGACACCACCCAGCCGCCCCACACGGCGAUCAUCGGCUGCGCCGACUCACGGGUUCCCAUGGAGACCAUCUUCGAUGCCCUGCCCGGGGACCUCUUCGUGCUCCGCAACGCAGGAAACACCUGCACCCACGCACAGGGGAGCAUGGUCAGCAGCUUGGAAUUUUGUAUCGACAAGCUGCAGACCAAGCUGGUGCUUGUGCUGGGACACACCCAGUGCGAUGCCCUCGAGCGUGCCGCGGAAGCCCACCGAUGCCCCAAAACCGACCAGCGCGGCAAGGCCUCGGAUGAUUUGGUCGAAAGCAUCUUCGUCAGCACAGCCGCCGCCACGGCGGAGCUGGGACCUGCCGCUUCCACCGAAGAGGUAGCCGGCCUAGCGACGAAGUGGAACGUCUUCCACACCAUGCAGUGCCUUUUCGAGUACAGCUCGACCAUCCGCGACAAGGUGCAGAAGGGCGACCUCGUGAUUCAGGGAGCAAUUUUUGACAGCCACACGCGCCAAGUACAGUUCGUGGGAUGCCCCGAGGCAGUGCUGAAAGGCUCCCUGGGCCAAGGGUUUAGGGUUUAG